GAGCAGUGUGUCCGUGAUGUCCCCAAAUGGAUCAGAGAUUCGGGACUUUUUAUUAUUAAAUACUUCCUCCACGCCAGAAAAACGAGUCCGGGCCUCGGUUCUGGAGGGAAUAGGCUGAAGCCGCGGACGCGGUGCGGGGGUCGCGGGCGGAGGGUCGGGCUUCCGGUCUCCCGGGCGCCAGAGGGUCGUGGCGGGAAGGGGGAGGGCGCGCGUUCCGAGACCCCCACCCCCACCCCGCCCAAGGGUCUUCUUCCCUCGGGACUUGGAGCCACCCAUCCUUCAGGCCCGACUCGCCGCGGGGCUGGAGGGGGCUAGGGCGCUGCGACCUAGCCUAACGACAGGGCUCUCCCCUGCGACGGCCCCGCAACAAGAUGGCGGACGAGAGAGACAGGGAAAGCACAGAAAUAGCAGUAGCAGAAUUGCACAAAAAAAUCAAAGAAGCUUUUGAAGUGUUUGACCAAGAGUCAAAUAAUACAGUGGAUGUGAGAGAGAUCGGGACAAUUAUCAGGUCAUUAGGAUGCUGCCCUAGUGAAGGAGAGCUGCACGAUCUGAUUGCAGAGGUAGAGGAAGAAGAACCCACUGGAUACAUUCGGUAUGAAAAAUUUCUUCCAGUGAUGACUGAAGUUCUACUGGAAAGAAGAUACAGACCAAUUCCAGAAGAUAUCCUUCUUCGAGCUUUUGAGGUAUUAGAUCCAGCUAAACGUGGGUUUCUUUCUAAGGAAGAACUGAUCAAGUAUAUGACUGAAGAAGGUGAGCCCUUUUCUCAGGAGGAAAUGGAAGAAAUGUUGUCUGCUGCAAUUGAUCCAGAAUCGAAUACAAUUCAUUACAAGGACUACAUAGCAAUGAUGGUGAUAGAUGAAAAUUAAGCACUAAAGACUUCAUUUCUAAUUGAAAGGAUAAUUUUAAAAAUUGCUUGGCCUUGUUAAUUUCACAUUUUAUCUUAUAAUUCCUAUAUAUGCUAAUUAAUGCCUUGUGACAACUACUUCAAGAUAUUUUGUUUUUUAAAGAUAAUCAUAACAAUUUAAAACAAAUUUAUUUAGUGUGUUUAGCCUUAUGGAAUGACAAAUUGCUAAUUAUUUUAAAACUGUUCUUAAAACAUUUUAACAUUAUCCAUGGACUGUUGUUAACAUUCUCCAAUAAAACCCAGAUUACUUUCAAAUUAAUUAAGCUGACAAAUUGAAGAAUAAUUAGAAUGACCCAAGGUUUGGCAUAUAAAGAUCUUGGGAGGGGGCAGAAUGACCACAAAUUGAAAAUGAGUAGCAAUGUGAGUAGCUUCUUUUAAAAACAACAACAAACACUUCAGCAAUCAGAAUGCGGAAGGAGAGCUAUUGAAAUGGUAUUAAUAAUUCAUUUUUUAUGAGUGCCAAUUACAAAUCUCAUUUGAGGUGACAGUAACUUAGUGUAAAAAAUGUAAAUUUGCUGAUCUAGCAUAUUACCAUUUAUGGAAAGGAGCUAAAGGAGUUGAGAUCAUUGAAUCUAGAGAAAAGACUGACUGAAAAUUGAUAAUAUAAGGAAGUGGCACUUCUCUUCUGUCUUUAGAAUUCUUAUGUAUUCAGAGUACCUGCUAUGAGAAUAUUGCCUUGAAUACUGACUAAGAAUAUUGAGAAAUUUUAUGGUGUGCAGGAGAUACAGCUGGAAAAGCAAAGGGGAAAAUAAGGUAAAGGAAAGUGAAUAAUCUUCCACUGGAUUGAGGAACGGGGGACAGUUACUUGCAGGAAGAGAAGGGGAGAUUCAGGGCUGGAGGGAGACACCAGGUUGAGGGAAUUGUUUUUGGAAGGUGGGACCCAUGCAGGCACAUUGAUAUUCAAAGGGCUGAGAGCCCCAGAGAAGAAGCUGAAGACCCUGAGGGGGUGUGAGGCAGGGAGCAGGUUCCAGAGCAAAAGAGGGAUCGCUUUUGGUGGGUAGGAACAGUGGCUCAACUGCAUGGUCCCUCCCUAGUGGCCUCCAGUUCCUUUCUGAGUGAGGAGGAAGGUGGUAGGUUACAGAGCUUGAGGAGAAUGGUAAAAUUUGGCGAUAUCUCUUGUGGUAAAUGGGAGAAAGAGCCCAUUAAAGAUUUUCAAGAAAUCCUGGAGGAUUUUAUUCAGUAACUCAGGCUCAGGAGCAAAAAUGAUGGAUUGUUGUGUUGAUUCAUGGUUAAGUCAUGUGGGUGAGAUGGAAGCAAACAGAGGUCAAGGGAGUGAAGGGAUUCACAGGAAAGCAGUCGUAGGAUGGUCUGUGGAGUCGGGUAUUAGAGAGAGAUGUAGGUAGAAUGGGCUCACAGGUGGAGAGAAGGGGGCAGGGCCUCAGGGCCUCCAAAAGGGCAAACAGCUUGUGUGGGGCAGUGAGAGACAAUUGGCUUUCCUACCACUCCUGAGUAGUAACAUGUUUUGCUUGAAAUUUGACUUCACGUGUUAGAGAGUUCUUUUAGUCUCCUAAAAGGUUAUUAUUGUAAUAAAUAAUAAUAGGUACAUCAGGGGACUGUUCACUCUGUGCAGGCACUGAUCUAAGUGCUUUACAUAUAGUCACUCAUUUAAUCCCCACAACCACCCAAUGACAUGGGUAAUAUUACAUUGCCCCAUUUCACCGAGAUGGUAACAAAGAAAUUACACAGCUACAAGGGGUUGUAUUCAUCAGUUUUUGCUAGGUUAUGUUGUGAUAACAAACAACACCAAAUCUCAGCUGUUUAUUACAAUGAGUUCUUUUUUGUUCAUGUUUUAUGUCAUCUUAGGUCAGCUGGGUCUCUGCUUCACGGGUUUCCUUCAUUCAGCUCAUCUUCAUAAGUGGAGUGACCAUAUGUCCCAUUAUACUUGGGAGAGUCUCAGCCUGCACUUGUCCUAGUGUAAUUAUUAAUAGCUCUCCCUCUUAGGAAUGUCCCAGUUUAGAUGAUUAAUAUGUGGUCAUCCCAUUUGAAAAAUGGUGAAUAAAAAUGAUGGUGAGGAAUCAUUACUUAUAGAAGGUUUUAUGAAAAAUAACCACAGAAGUGUAGUAAUGGAAGGUGCUUCUUCCAUCACUGUUCCCGAGAUUACGGCAGAGUGAUAUCCCAGUGGAGAACUGAUGUGCCACUCACUUAGCCAUGCAUGUGAGACUCACCACCUGGAGAUGAGUAUGAGCCACAUGCCUUUCGGGCAGGGCAGAGAAGUCUGAGGCAGGGGUGUGGUGACCCCCGAGCUUUAGUAGACGGGCUGUUUAUGAUAGUGACACGCAGCAGCCGGGAAGGAGGGUGUCAAACAUGCAACACCCUUUAAGGUGGAAGCAUCCCCGGGGGCAUAUCAUUCGGCAGCUGCAGCCGGCACCGACAUGUAGCCGGAGUGUGUGCUGGUGCCUGAUGCCCACACCCAGGCAUGGACUUGUCUACAGCACACAAGACAGCCCUGAGUUGUCUUCUCUCAGCCCGUCACCCUGCGUGACCCUGGUCAUGCCAGAGAAAUACGGCUACUCAGUGAGCCCCAGUGACAUCAGUAACAUCAUCAAUGGUGAGAUCAGUCUCUCUUGGAGGAGAGGCUCCCAUCACAGAAGGAUGACGCAGGAUUGGGUACCGCCAAGUCUCACCUUCUGGAAUUCUUUCAAAAAUCCUGACUGAUGUCAAACUUCCCACUCAAGGUAAUUCUACCUCUUCAGUAGUCAUAAGAUUUAGCUUUAUGGAAUAUGAUUCAUUUUUUUCUUUAGCACAAGUUUGUCUGUUUUUAUAAGUCCACAAGAAAGGACAAAAGUCUUCCCACAGAUGUCUCAUUUUAUCUCUUAGUUGCAGAAUAAAUGUAGCCUAUUUGCAAAAGGAAUAUUUUUCUUUAUACUCAAACCAUUUCAAUCCAUAUUGUACUUGUCUCACUCAUCUUAGCCCUCAACAUCCAAUUUAAAUCACAAUGACUUUCCUGGCAAGAAGAGUGCUCUCUCUUGGGCAGAAAGUUUGCUUGUCCUUAUGACUCUGGGCUUCUGCAGAGCCUGCCUGACCCCCCCCCCCCAGCUCCUCAGAGCCCCGCAGAAAGAACUCCGUUCUCGCCCCUCUGGGCUGGAGAAGCUGCGUGACUUGUGCUCCAGCCCUGCUUUGCCUGUGACUCAGCACCAGGCCCUUCCCGCUGUGCACUUCUGCCUGGAAAAUGAGGAGCCCAACUCAGGUUCUUCCCCCACCUUCCAAAAGCAGUGCCCGUUUAGUCCCCUCUGCACGUACCAAGUGUCCAGUGGUGAGAGAUGAAGAAGAAUGUUCGUGGUGGCAGGCUGGCUGGGAUUUUCACCAGCUGGAUUAUUUUCUAUGGAGUGGGGUGUUUAGAACUUUUUCCCCUUGCUUCUUGCUUUCCUUCCCUUCCUUUUUCUAACUGCUUCCAGAUAAGAAAGUACCUUGUUUAUAUGGCCAGGUCCUUAUAAAAGAUCAGUGUCACUGUACCGCCCCUUCCAGGCAGGUUAAAUAAGCAGAGAGGUUCAUGGUCACAGCUGCCUCAUGUCAUGCUGGGAAUGACUAUCUCCUGGGCUGCGCGUUUCUGAAGGUGCAGGUUGCCAGUCACCCGCUUAGAAGCACGUGGGAGGGGGUGCUUGUUAGCAAUUCAGACUCCUGGGUCUCAUUCCAGACCUCCAAAGCAGACUCUCUGUAGGUGGGGCCCAGGAACACACAUUUUAACGGACAUUCUCAGGGGAGUCUUAUGAACGCUACAGUGUAAGAAUCUCUGUCUGGAGCAGUGAUGCACUGUGAAAGUGGGGGAUUAGGAACUGUGCUAAGUCUCUGUGUCUUAUUUAUAAAGUAGCAAGAACACUUACCUUACAGGGCUGGUGUGUAAAUGAGAUAAUGAAGGUGAAAAUUAUUUAAAGUUUAAAAAAUGUGACAGAAAUUAUUAUUUAUAGGAAACCAGCAAGGGAUGGAGGGAGGAAGGGAAGGAGAAGAGGAGAAAGGGAGAGGGGGAGAGGGAGAGAGACAGAGAGGGAGAGAGACGGAGAGGAAGGGACAGAUAGACUGACCGGCUGCCUGGGUAUAGACAAUCAGAGUGAGAAAGUAGGGAGAUGAUUUAAUCUAUGGAGUGAGGAUGGUGAGCCCUCUGAGAUACUGGUGGAGAAAUACCAGAUUUACUAUCACAAUGUUAUUAAUUAUAAGCUGUUAUGUUUCCUUCUAGAAUGUGAAAUUAGGAGGUUGUAGAAAUGGUUUUUCUUUUUUAAAAAGUUGUGGUAAAAGCCAGGCAGUGUAAAAUGUUAUCAUCUUAACCAUUUUCAAGUGCACAGCUCAGCAGUAUUAAGUAUAUUCACAUUGUUGUAAAAUAGAUCUCCAGAACUUCCUCAUCUUGCAAAUCUGAAAUGCUAUGCCAUCAACCAACUCUCCUUUUUCCCUCCCUCCAGCUUUAGAUAACCACCAUUUUACUUUGUUUCUUUGAGUUUGACUACUCUGAGUACCUUCUGUCAGUGGAAUCAUACAGUAUUUGUCCUGUGACUGGUUUAUUUCACUUAGCAUAAUGUCUUCAAGGUUCAUCCAUGCUGUAGCAUGUCAGGAUUUCUACCCAUUUUAGGGCUGAAUAAUAUUCCCUUAUUUGUACACACCACAUUGUGUUUAUCUAUUCACUGAUCGGUGGACACUCGAGUUGUUUUCACCUCUUGCCUAUUGUGAAUAUUACUACUGUGACUAUGAACGUGCAAGUAUCCUUUUGAAACCCUACUUCCAAUUCUUUUGGCUAUGUACUCGUGAGAUUGCUGCAUCUUUCUUCUUUUUAAAAAAAUUGCUAUCAGUUGUAGUGCUUUUAGAGCACCAUGAAUUAUUCACCUCACCUACUGGAGAAAACCCUUAUUCAUUUGAGGAAAUGGUGUUUUAUUUUUCUGAAAUAAAUUUACAAAGUU